GUAAGGGGUCUGUAAUUGUCCAGGCGUCAAGGAAGGAAGCAGAAGAUCCUAUUGGCAGAGAAAUGACCCUUUCUGGUUGAUCGCUUCAUAUAGGGACUCAGAAGUCUGGCAGCAACAACCUUGGCUCUUUUCCUGGUGUUUGUUUUCCUGGGAAACUCCAGCUGCGCUCCGCAGAGACUGUUGGAGAGAAGGAACUGGACUCCUCAAGCUAUGCUCUACCUGAAAGGGGCACAGGGUCGCCGCUUCAUCUCCGACCAGAGCCGGAGAAAGGACCUCUCCGACAGGCCACUGCCGGAAAGACGAAGCCCAAAUCCCCGACUACUAACUAUGCCAGAGGCAGCAACCAUCUUACUGGCGUCCCUUCAGAAAUCACCAGAAGAUGAAGAAAAAAACUUUGAUCAAACCAGAUUCCUGGAAGACAGUCUGCUUAACUGGUGAAAAUAUACUAGAUUAUGUUUAAUUAUAGUUCUAUUCUCUUUGAAAACAUGAACCAUGUGAAUAAAACCUUUGGACCCUUUUAUUCUGUUUAUAAUCUUAAGAACACACACAGAUAGUUUUAUUCUUUCAGAAACAAAAUAUAUAUAUAGGAUGCUUAGCUGAGAACAACGUCUUCUUCUUUCAUUGCUUCAGGUCCUGUUUAGAUGGCCAAAAAUGUUUUUAGAUCACUUUGUGUCUUACUCUUGAGUUUCUUAGAAUAUUUAUAAUUAUAAGGCUGAAGACUAAAGUGUUCUUUCCUUUUAACUAUAGCCAGUACCUGUCUUGAUCUUAGUUGUGUGUGUGUUUUUUUUUCAUUUUGUUACCCACUUGCAUUUUGUUUUCACUCAGCAGAAAUUCUCCUUCUCUGUUUUCCUUUUAUCCCAUCCCCAAGAAGGUGGGAGGAAGGUGAGAAACGUGGCAGCAUGCGAAAUAGGAGAGUACGACUCUCUAUAGCUCAUCCAGGAGUGAUCAAUUAAGAAGAGAAAUUGGAUGACUGGGGAGAAGCCCUGUAACAGGAACACUUCAGUGUGGUUGCUGAGAGGAGACAGUCAUUGAGGUAGAAGGUUUGCCAAAAAUCCAGAGCUCAGAGCUCCCUUUGUGCUCUUUGGGAAUUACCUUGCAUUCAGUUUAGAAAUCUAAAAGUUACUGGGAAAUAAGCAGAUGGAGACACACUCUGUUGUUUACGUAUUGGAAGAAGGGAACAAGCCAGUUUUGUUAAAGGUAACUCAUUUUCCAUGACCAAACAGACUCAACAGAUUCAAGUACUCUGCUUACUCUAAUUGACUAGACUCUAGGUUUUAUUUGACAUCAUAGCAUUACAUAAAUCACUCUGAUAAUGUAAGUGCACAGUAAUAUGCCUGAUCUUCUCCUUUUUAAAAGCCAACUUGAGUUCAGUACCAUCUGAAUACACACACACGCACAUACACCCACACACGCAUGCACACAUACUCCUGUGGCAAACAUAAUAAUGUAUUUAUUUAGAAUUAUAAUAUGACCAUCAUGUUAAUUGUUUUUUACCUAAUCAGAGUUGUUAUUGACAAAUGUCAUAAGUGGAAAGUACUAAUUCUUAUUGUCAUCAGUAUUUAGCCAUUAUUUAGUAGCUCAAGAAUAUCUUUAUGUGAAUGUCUCUGUAACUUGGAAUUGCAAUUUCACUGUGUUAAGUAAUCAGAACUCUGCUUAUAAGAUUUAUCUGUAUCUUGUUUCAUAAUUUAAUAAUGAAACUAAAUUCAAGUUAAUGUAAUGUUGAUCUCUGUCAAAAAAUGACUUGUGAGCAUUAAAAUAUCUGUAUGGCAUUAUAA